GAAGAACUAAAAAGACUGCAGAAUCCAUUACAACAAGUUAAUGAUGGGAAAUAUUUGCUUGAAAGUCACCAGCUGGCCAUGGAUAUGGAGAAUAAUAUUGAAAAAUAUCCCCUUAAUCUACAGCCCUUGGAAUCAAAAGUGAAAAUUAUUCAGCGAGCGUGGCGUGAGUACCUGCAGCGGCAUGACCCCCUGGGGAAGAGGAGCCCGUCCCCACCCUCUGUCUCCUCCGACAAGCUGAGCAGCUCCGUGAGCAUGAACACCUUUUCUGAUAGCAGCACACCUGACUACCGAGAGGAUGGGAUGGAUCUAGGCAGUGACGCCGGCAGUAGCAGCAGCAGCCGCGCCAGUUCGCAGUCCAACUCCACUAAAGUGACCCCUUGCUCCGAGUGCAAAUCCUCGUCGUCGCCGGGGGGCAGCCUGGACUUGGUGUCUGCCCUGGAGGACUAUGAAGAGCCCUUUCUGGCCUACCAGAAGAAGGUGAUUGAUGAAUGGGCGCCGGAGGAGGACGGGGAGGAGGAGGAAGAGGAAGGCGAGCGAGGGUACCGGGAUGACCGGUGUCCGGCUCGGGAGCCGGGGAACGUGAGCGCCAGGACGGGCGGCGGCGGCGGCGGGGACAGGAGCACCACCACGACUAUGCCGCCCCCGAUGCCCAACGGCAACCUCCACCCGCACGCCCCCCAGGACCUCAGGCACAAUGGCAACAAGCCCCAGCCGGCGGGGAGCCGGCACGGCGUCCGGGGCCCGGUGGUCGGGGGGCUCUGCCUCCAACCCCCGGACGGCGGAAGUUGCGUCCCAGAAGAGCCCCCGGUACCCCCUAUGGACUGGGAGGCGCUGGAAAAGCAUCUAGCUGGGCUGCAGUUCCGGGAGCAGGAGGUGCGAAACCAGGGCCAGGCGAGGACCAACUCCACCUCCGCACAGAAAAAUGAGAGAGAGUCUAUCAGACAGAAGUUGGCACUUGGAAGCUUCUUUGAUGAUGGCCCAGGAAUUUAUACCAGCUGUAGCAAAAGUGGGAAGCCAAGCCUUUCCUCUCGAUUGCAGAGUGGGAUGAACCUACAGAUAUGCUUUGUCAAUGACAGUGGCAGUGAUAAGGACAGUGAUGCUGAUGACAGUAAGACUGAAACCAGCUUGGACACUCCGUUGUCUCCCAUGAGCAAACAGAGUUCUUCCUAUUCUGAUAGAGAUACCACUGAAGAAGAGUCUGAAUCCUUGGACGACAUGGACUUCCUCACAAGGCAAAAGAAAUUGCAAGCUGAAGCCAAGAUGGCCCUUGCCAUGGCCAAACCCAUGGCCAAAAUGCAAGUAGAAGUGGAAAAACAGAACAGGAAAAAGUCUCCCGUCGCUGAUCUUCUGCCACACAUGCCUCAUAUAAGUGAAUGUUUGAUGAAAAGAAGUUUAAAACCCACCGACUUGAGAGACAUGACUAUUGGGCAGCUACAAGUCAUCGUCAACGAUCUCCAUUCCCAGAUCGAAAGCUUGAAUGAAGAAUUGGUCCAGCUGCUUCUCAUCCGGGAUGAGCUGCACACAGAGCAGGAUGCGAUGCUGGUAGACAUAGAAGAUUUGACCAGACAUGCUGAAAGUCAGCAGAAGCACAUGGCAGAGAAAAUGCCUGCAAAGUGAAAAGAAGCCAUCCAACCAGAGGACAAGCUAGAAUUUAUUUUGCUUCUGUGGUUGUAAAAAUGCUGUUGCUAAAAGGUGGCACAGAAACAAAUAUCAGUGUUAGUCAUUGAUGAUGUCUGAAGCUUAAUGUCCAGUGAUUGGCCUUUGCUUCUUAAUUUAUUUUAAUUUUUUACUCAUGCCACUUAAUAUCAGGCAUUUUAAUAAAAUAUUGUUAC